CUACUUGGUUUGCCAUCCGCGGAAGAGGGAUUGCUGUCACAGAACCUGGCAACCUCUUAGCUCAUUCAGACCACAACUGUACGUAAACGAGCGGAGCUCCCUCCCCGGUUAGCGAUCGCUAGGCUAACCAACUUUCUCUCUCAGUCAAUCAGUUCAUCUGGGUCAGCUUGUCCAUUUAAAGUACUCCCCUUUAAUCAGAAUGAUGACAGUGACCUGACCAAUGGACCACUGGAGGGUCUGCUCAGUGAGAGGGUCACGUUUUGAAGUAGAUCAUGAAUGACAAACUAGUCUUUUUGGGCCUGCUGUACUUUGUCCAGGGCAUCCCCUAUGGUCUCCAGUCAUCACUGCUUCCUGUCUACCUGCGUGGAGCUGGUCACUCCCUAACCCGCAUCGGCUUCACCAAGAUCCUCUACUUCCCCUGGGUCCUCAAGGUGCUCUGGGCUCCUUUGGUGGACCGGGUCGGCACCAAGCGUCACUGGCUGGUCGGAACAGUUUCUGGGCUGGCCUUGACAUGCCUCUCCAGUGCUGCCUUGGCCCCAGAAGCACACAUCUGGGGAGUAGCAGGAACCCUGUUGACCAUGAACACCUUGGCCUCUGUCCAGGAUAUUGCUGUAGAUGGGACGGCAGUGGGGUUGUUGAAAGGUCGUGGGGAGCUGGGGCUGGGCAACACAGCCCAGGUGGUGGGCUAUAAAGCUGGGUCGGUGUUUGCCGGAGGUGGGCUGUUGGCAGUGAUUGACGUGGCUGGAUGGAGCUGGAUGUUCAUGCUGCUGACGUUUGUGUAUGCAGGCGUGGCUCUUUUUGUGUGGGGGGGGCCUCUCCUGGAUGAUGAGACUGUGAGAGGCCAGCAGGGAGAUGGCAGCAGGAGGGGAGGGCAGGGAGUGGAUGCUAUGAGGCCAUGGAGAGUGUGGAGGAAGCUGCUGGCAGUGCCUGGCACACCUUGGACAGUCCUGUAUGUCUUGACAUACAAACUGGGUGAGCAGGGUGCAGUGACCAUGUUUCCUCUGUUCCUUUUGGAUCACCACAUGACCGCCCGGGAGCUCGGCUUCUGGAACGGCGUUAUCGCCAUGGGCUUCUCCAUCUGUGGGUCGUCCCUGGGAGGCCUUCUGCUUGCUCAGUUCAGCAUCGGGGCUCUGAUGCGACGUGUGUUUGUAUUGCGAACCAUCAGCAUGGUCUUCCAGAGCUCUCUACUCACUGUACUGGAACCAUCACCACUCAUGAAAGGUAUGGCCGUCCUGAGCAUGAGUGUUCAACACUUCCUGGGCGGUCUCAUCACCACACUCACCUUCACUACCAUGAUGCAUUGCACUCAAAGGGCCGAGGAAAGCAUUCAGGCAACCCACUACAGUUUCCUGGCGACUCUGGAGGUGCUGGGGAAGCUGGUGUUCAGCGCUCUGGCCGGAGGCGUGGUUGAUUGGUUUGGUUUCCAAGUUGCCUUCCUCUUCUUCCUCACACUCUCCGCCGGGACGGCCCUGCAUGUGUGGACGGCUACCUUCACUGGUGCUCUUAGGGAACACCAGCUCAAAGAACAGCCCAAAUGAGACUGGGAACAGGGUGUAAGGUCCUGAUACGGAGGUGUCUGCAGGUGCUGAAGAAGUGUUGAAAUAUUUUGAGCCUGACUACCAGUGUACAGACACCUCAAACUCUGAAUCCCGUUAGAUAUAACAGUCAUGACUUCAGCCAAUCGUUUCAGUAUAGAAGAUGUUGAAUAAGUUGACUUUGAUUCAUCUGAGCCAUUUCAGUGUUUUAAUAAGCCAGCAAUAAGAGCUGUAGCCAAAAGCAAUAUCGCUACUGUGUGACGCUUGUUCUAUCAUACUGUACUGUAUAUAAAUAUGUUAGUCAUUCUCCUGAGUUGUAUGGUUUACAGUUCUAAAUGAAUGCAUCCCCGCUACCUCGUAUCAGCACUGUAUGGUACGAUGCACAAGAGGCGAAUGCAGAGUAACUGCAAAAAGUAGAGUAUACACUCAUUCACAUUGAAUAGUUUCAACACAUACACCAUGUUACCUAGGCUACAGCAGUCUCAGUUCUUCAAUCAAAGGAUCAGACUCAUUAAUGAACUCUGAAAAUAAAUCUGUUCUCAAUAAAACUUGAAAGACCAGUACCACUGGUAAAUUGCAGUUGCUGAUAAAAUUGUAUGAACUUUGUGUUUUAUGUUACACAAAAUGUCUAAAGUAUGUACUAUAAAAUAUACUGUAACUCUCAAUGGUACUGUAUACUAUAAAAGAUAAUUUUCUCAAUAAUAUAUGAAAGAAACAGCAGCAUAGCAUGUUUCUUUUUUUCACCAGGCUCUGGUAGAAUAAAAUGAAAUCCUCUAUGCAGGUGAAUGUAAUAAUAGAAAUUCUUAAAAUUGAAAAGUCUUAAAAUUGAUAAUAGUGCCAAAGGGGAAACAGGCAGGUAAGACAAAGACAGCUUGCUUUGAAUAAAGGCAGUAAUCUCAGCAAAUUUAGCAAAACAGAAUAGCUAGUCACCUGCUUUCACCCACAUAAUAAAUAAGGGGAUGCCAUACCAAAUCAACCAAUUACUGGUUUAUCCACUCGUUGCAAAGCACAUCUCUUGUCCCUUAACUACUGUGAGAUUUACACAAAAAUAA